AUGAGGGCGAAACGAUCAAAAAAGUACCGCAAGUUAAUGCAUCAGUACGAGAUUACUUUUGGCUUCCGUGAGCCUUAUCAAGUCCUAGUCGAUUCCCAUUUUUUACAAGCUGUAUAUGCCUUUAAGAUGGAUUUGAUACCCGCGCUGGAACGCACCCUACAAGGGAAAGUGAAACCUUUUAUAACAAAAUGUUCCCUCGCUGCAGUGAUGGCGGCUUCUUCGACCUUGUCUUCCACUUCUUCCUCCUCUCAACAAUCGAAAUCAGCUCCGCAGAGACGACCUCCACAACUUCCCCCACCGACCGUGCUUCCCCUCCGCUACUGCUCGCAUAACGAAGAUGAUUCACCAAUUGAUGAAGCCAGCUGUUUGCUUUCCUUACUAUCGCCGAGUGCAGACUCAAAAAAGAAUAAAGAGCACUACAUUUUAGCGUCCGCAGACCCAGCUGCCCCGCCGGCAGAUGACAAAAGACGAAAAUUACCCAGGCCUCCACCGAGAUAUGAUCUUAGAAGGGAUGCGCGAUUGAUACCCGGUGUUCCAAUCAUAUAUGUAAAGCGAUCGGUAAUGAUAUUAGAGCCGAUGAGCGGGUCUUCUGAGGGAGUGCGAGAUGGAGUUGAGAGGGGAAAAUUCAAGGCUGGACUGGUUUCAGCGGUAAAGAAGAGAAAGAGAGACGAUGAUGAAGAUAAAGACAGGGAACCGAAGACAAAACAAGCGAAAAGGGUCAAAGGCCCGAAUCCCCUAAGUGUUAAGAAACCGAAGAAGAGAGAGGACCCCGCGCCACAAAGGGAAGGUCUGCAAACCAAGCCUCAGGAGGAGGUUCUCACCAUUGCGAAAGACGCCGAUAGGGAUAAUGCGGAGGGUGCGCCGGUGAAGACAAAGAGGAAGAGGAAGCAUAAACACAAGUCACACCAAGAAGGUGAAGCAAGGCAUCAUGUUUCGAUAGAAGUUGAAACGUGA